AAGAAAUACUGUACACUGUCUUUGGUUCAAGGUUUGAUUUCGGUGACAGCGCUCCGCUCGCUCCGCUCUGUCGGGUUUUGAGAGCUUGGAAUACGGUUACUGAGGCGGACAGCCCCGCUGUAGAGAGCCAAGAUGAUGAACAUGUGGAAAGUCCGGGAAUUGGUUGAUAAAGCAACCAAUGUGGUGAUGAACUACUCGGAGGUGGAGACUAAGGUGAGGGAGGCCACCAACGAUGACCCCUGGGGACCUUCAGGACAGCAGAUGGCAGAGAUAUCCAGAUGUACGUUUAUGUAUGAGCAGUUUCCUGAGGUGAUAAACAUGCUUUGGAACAGGAUGCUCCGGGACAACAAGAAGAACUGGAGAAGGGUCUACAAGUCUCUGCUGUUGUUGUCCCACCUCAUCAGGAACGGUUCAGAGAGAGUUGUCACCAGCGCCAGAGAACACAUCUACGACCUACGAUCUCUAGAGAGCUACCACUUCGUAGAUGAGAACGGUAAGGACCAGGGAGUGAACGUGCGUCAGAAGGUGAAGGAGAUGGUGGAUCUAAUCCAGGAUGAUGAUCGACUGAGAGAGGAGAGGAAGAAGGCAAAGAAGAACAAAGACAAAUACAUCGGCGUGUCCUCUGACAGCAUUGGGGGAGGGUUCAGCAGAUACACGGGUGAUCGCUAUGACUCCAGCAGCUCUGGUGGUAAUGAGGGAAGCAGCAGAGGGAAGUGGGAUGAGGACUGGAAGAGAGACCAAGGCCAGUUCCCCUUCAGUGACAAACUGGGGGAGAUCAGUGAUAAGAUCGGCAGCACCAUCGAUGACACAAUCAACAAGUUCAGGAAGCAGAGCAGAGACGAUUCGCCAGACCGAUUCAGUGACAACGAGGAGGAGCGAAGUCGCCCGUCACGGAACGGCCAGUCUGGGAGGUCGGUGUUCAAAGACGAGGAGGAAACCGUGACGACCAAGAGUGUCCAGAUCGUUCAGGCAACAGAAACCACAGCAACCAGGAAGAGAGGCGGGAUUCCAUCCAAAACUGUGUCCCUUGGAGCCGCGGCCCACUACACAGGAGACAAGAGCCCUGAUACCUCUGCCAAACAGACUCCGUCUGCAGCAGCACCUCAGCCCUCCAGUAGUGGUCUGGCUGACCUAUUCAUGGUAGAUACAGGACCCAGCCAGCCUGCAGCAGCCACCGACCUGAUAGGAGGAUUUGCUGACUUUUCUUCUCCUGCUGCCUCUGUCGGCCUCUCCACAGUACCUGCCUCUAGUGGGAACAGUGAUUUUGGGGACUGGAAUGCUUUCCCUGACGGCCAGGCCCCCGUCCCCACCCCUUUCGCCCAGCCUCUGGCCCCUAGUAACACUGACCUGUUUGGGGCCCUGGCUCCCAGCUCUGCCCUGGCUCCCAGCUCUGCCCUGGCUCCCAGCUCUGCCCUGGCUCCCAGCUCUGCCCUGGCUCCCAGCUCUGCCCUGGCUCCCAGCUCUGCCCUGGCUCCCAGCUCUGCCCUGGCUCCCAGCUCUGCCCUGGCUCCAGCCUCAGCUGACCUGUUUGAUCUGAUGGGCCCGGUCCAGACUCAGUCUCUCUCUGCCUCUCAGAGCCUCACCUUCAAUAUGACCAGCACACAGAACGUGACCAGUACCAUGCCACAUUCCACAUCACUGCCCUUCCAGGUGAUGAGCGGUCCGUUGCAGCCGCAGCAGCAGCAGCAAGUCAUGCUGGGUACCCAGGGUUCCAUGGGGUCAGCGAUCCCCUCCACCUGGUCUGACUCCUCGGUCAACAUCAGUCUGGACUUCCUGGCACCCGGCGUGCAGCCUCCCAAACCCGCCCAACCCACCCUCAAAACCCUCCAAGGAGUCCAGCCCCUCCCACCUGUCAACAUGCUCUCGCAGGGAUUUGCCGGCAUGGGCCUCGCCCCCUCCCCCAUCAGAACCCCUACAACUCCCAUGAUGUACCCUGGUGCUGGGAUGGGCAUGGCCCCCAGCCAGGGCAUGAUGGGAAUGGCCCCCAGCCAGGGCAUGAUGGGAAUGGCCCCCAGCCAGGGCAUGAUGGGAAUGGGCAUGAACAUGGGUGCUAUGCCCCAGGCUAACAUGACCAUGGGGAUGAGGAUGCCAGCCAUGUCUAUGGGUUCUGGCCUGGUACAGCAGCAGCCCAAGCAAGGAGUGGACGCCUUCGCGGAUUUCGGCAACUUCAGGAAGUGAGGGAAGAUGUGCCGUGAAGGAAAGGGGUGUUUCUGUUUUUCUCUCCAACAGACUGUCCAUGAAGGAUUGUAAAGAGCUGCAAACAAAGAGUACUUGAAUGUUGUCAAAUAUCAAAUACUGACUGCCACCCCUCCACUUCCUGUUUCUUUCCUUCAAGUGAUAUAUAGAGACAUGAAUAUACACGAUUGUAUGCAUCUUUUAAUCAGUUGGAACUUGCAAUCAAGUACAUUUUAGAGUGUAUUCAGUCCAGUAAUGGUUGUGCUGUUCAGGUUUGAAUCGGAGAGAAGAACUGAGAGCAGAAACACGGUGCCAGAAUAACGCAGAUCAUUCACUUUAAAAUGUAUGUCAAAAAAAAGCAAUGAUUGCAAAGUUAAACAACCCAUACAACUCUGUGCACGAGGACGGCUUGUAAAAAUGGUUUGUUUAACUAAUCAAUAAUAGUUUUUUGUUUGUAUUGCUUUUUAAAGCACCAUUCUGUUACCAUGGAAUUGUCCAGGUGAAAUUUAAAGAGAAUGUCAGGGGGGGUUUGCUUUACUUAACCAAUUAAUUGUCCAGAGUAGCAAAAAUAUAGUUUUAUAUGAUAAUCCCACCCCAAUAACUCCCCAUCCACCUCUUUUUUAGAAUGUCCGGUUCUCUCGACCUGUCCCUUCCCUACAACUGUAAAUAUUACUGGUGCGACAGACAAAUAAAUUAUUGAGUACUUGAUUAUGAUAUGAUGAUGUCGUCGUGAAGAGGUGGGUGUCAAUUGGACGGAACCAGAUGUCAAUCAAGACGUUGCUAUUGCGCGCUACAUUGCCACGGAGCCGGUCUUUAAUACCUACUUUAUAUAACAGCGUUCCACACUCCAAAUGUGGAGUUUCUGUUCAAUAUUAGAUUUAACAAAUCAAUCAAUCAAUCGUUUGAUGGAUGGAUUUAAUAAGUGAAUGAAUGAGAUGAUUGAAAGUUGUUAAUUGAAGAAGCUGUGGUAAUGAUAACACAGAUCUCCUUUGUGGCCUUUCUUAUGGGUAUAUAUUUUUUAAAGAACUAUAAUCUUUUUUUCCUUGCAUCCAAAUAAGAUGAUCAGUAGAUGUAGGAACAACCUCCUGGUGGCCUGUGUUCUUUAAGUUCUGCACAUGGUGCCUGUGAGACAGAGGCCUUUUUCCUUCAUUAUACAGGAGACAGACGGAGAGACGAUACAACUAUAGUGUUCAUGAGAGUUACUGUUAGGAGUCUACAGCACAGUAUGUAUGUGUGGUUCUUACUGCUCCCUCUGUCCCCUGGGACCCUUGUGGAAUAGGGGGGGAAGAUGUCCCUAGAUGCUGAUCUUGGGUCAGUUUUGCGUUUUCCUCCAAUAGUGGUUUAGGUUAGGAUGGGGGGUGGGGAAGCUGAUCCUAGCUCUGUACUUGGGGGAAAAUUCACCCUGGAGUGGAUCUCUGAAGGAGAGGUUUGACAGUGCAGGUCUAGGAGAGGAUUUCUCUUGUUUGUUUUUCUGGGGGGGGGUCGUACAUCUUAUAUGGCACCCUAUACACUUUAUAGUGCACUACUCCCUACCAGAGCCCAUAGGACUUGGGUUAAAAGUAGUGCACUACUCCCUACCAGAGCCCAUAGGACUUGGGUUAAAAGUAGUGCACUACUCCCUACCAGAGCCCAUAGGACUUGGGUUAAAAGUAGUGCACUACUCCCUACCAGAGCCCAUAGGACUUGGGUUAAAAGUAGUGCACUAUAUAGGAAAUGGGUACAUGUGAUACAAGGUCAGUGAGUACCUCACAUGUAAACUAGACUCCUGUUUCAGAGCUAUGUCCUCUUCCAGGAGUUCGGGUCAAUUCCAUUUCAAUUCUGGAAGUACACUGAAAUUCCAGUUUUCUUCAAUGCUUUUCAUGAGGAAAAUGUUGAAUGUCGUUUUACUUUCUAAAUUGACUGAAAUGGAAUUGACCCCAACCCUGCACAGAUGAAAACACAGUAGCCUUCUGUCUGAGCUGAGGCUUCACCUGCUGGAAAUGACCAAAAUGUAGCAACUCUUGUUUGUUUUUCUAAGAGACGAUGUCCUUAGGGGGUUGUGUUUUAUUCUUUAGUUUAUUUUUUUCUACUUAUUACCAUUGUUCUGAGAUCUUCUGUAAUGUGGUAUUGUUACAUAAAAUAAAAACACUAGUUUAUGCAAAUGUAUAAAAAGAAAAAGCAACGCAUCACCAACGAAAAGAGCCUUGAGAAAAUGUUUUCGUUUGAUUGACCCAUGGUCCUUUUAUCUACGGCAUUAAAACAGUUGAUUACA